GUUUGCAUAACCACAAAGUUUAGAAAUUAGUAAAUAUUUGGUAAACAGUAAAAGAAAUUAUAGUCAUUAUUUCAUUUUACUGGCAACGUUGACGAAAUGAAAACGGUAGUGUCUUCAAAAGAUACAGAGUGUGAAAUUUGAGUAUUCAGGGAAGGAUAAGUUGCAAUUGAAAUGGAUCGAAGUAAACCAAUAACAGGGACCAGAGGUCCUAAAGCAAAAAUCACUCAACAACCACCAGAUAUGUUUAUUGCUCUGGGAGCUAAGCAAUCCUCUUCAUCAAGAGACGAUUCUAAAAGAUCUGCUCCUUUGUCUAAACCUUCAACCUCACAUAUGCCAUCGACUUCUGGUGAAAAAUUGAAACGAGAAGCAUCUUCCUCAAGCUUGUCUAAUGUCCCUGCUAAAAAAAUGAAAGUCGCUUUACCAGGGGCUAGGUCAACUUCAGUUCCAACACUGCUCUCAAAUGAACGAACCCAAGUCGGCAUAGAACCAUGGGAAAAUUUAGCAUUAGAAUGUGAAUCAUCAGAUCUUUUUGAAAAUGUAAUGAGUAGUUUGAAUGUUGGAAAUGCCGACAAAGCUAUUGGAUUCAUCUUAGGAGCUAUAAGGUCUAUUAAAAAUCAACGUUUCAAAUUAUGCAAAAUAACUUAUAGUAGCUUAUUACUGACAUGUGGAUGUAAACCUGCAACCUUCACAAAUGAACAUAUUUUAGCAGCUAUUAUAAGUGUAAUAAGAAGAGAUGUGAAUGGGGGAUAUAAAGCUUCCAAACAGAGUAACUCCUACAUUCACAUAUUGCUGAUAAAUUUAUUGGCACAUGCUUAUUCUGACAUAGGCCAUUGGCCAGAAAGUUUUGUCAGGAUUUUCGUAGAAGACGCACUAGGAGACAGAAUAUGGAUUGACAACCCUUACUGUAAACCGUUUGUUGAUAAUAUUAUCACAGCUUUCAGCACAAAAUUGCCACCUAAAUCUCUUUUACUUUGUGAAAAUUGGAAUUCGGUUGUUAGGGAUACUUCAAGUCCUCUUACUAUAAACAGUAUUGAUGAUGAAGAAGCAUUUGGUGAACACAAAGUUAUAGUGGACGGUUGGAACACAAAAAUUUAUCCAAGAUACAGUCAGAAUCAAGAAAUUGUUGAACACAUUGUCCUAGAAGCAAUAAAAGAACAGCUGAAUAGGAGACAACAGCCUGAAGCAAUUAGCAAAAAUUUUAUUAGAUUUCUUAGUAUUGCCUGUGGUCUUGUUGAAAUAAGAGUAAUAGCUGUAUCGAGAAUCGAAACAUGGCUACACAAUCACAAGCUGAUGAAAUCAGCCCAAGAACUUCUAGCAUAUUUAUGUUACAACUGUUGUGCGAGUACCCAACGUGACUUAGAAGUUAUUGCCCAACUAAGUAAAUUACGCUUGAAGAGCAAACCUAUGGUUAUUUUUUUCAAUAACUGCUUAAGAGAAAUGGUUUAUUCAUCACCGGCCAAUUUGUAUCCUCUGCUCAAGUAUACGAUUUACAAUGAACUUUCAAAUGCGAGGAAUAGCAACAAUCUUGUUGUUGUUGGGGCAUUAUUUCAGGUUGCUCCCGAGGCCAGUGCUGAUGCAUUUGCAGAUAUCUGUUUGGAACUAUUAUUGAAUAAAGACGAUUAUUUGCGUUCUUUGAGAGCGUUAUUGAAAGAAAUAAAUAGAGUACUCAGACAUGAUUUCAAUCUUUACAAUGUUGUUCACUCUUUGCUCAAAGAAAGGAGAGACUAUACAGCACAAAUUAAAGACUCGGAAUUCAAAGAUCGUAUCUUUCUGUCACUCGGAGAUUUGGCGGCUAUGUGCAUGCUUUUGUGCGUAAGUCCGACUGUUAGAGAUGCUGUGACUCAAGCUAAAAGAGAUACGAAUGUAUUGAAAGCGUUUCAGGCACAAGUUAGUAAAAUUCAAAAAGAGGCAGUUUCUUGGCUUCAAGACACGGCGGUGAGGCUGUUUAGGCCUAGCGCAAAUGAUUAUCAUCACGUAUUAUUGAAGGUUCUUUUCUUGGAACAGGCGGAACAUUACUACAAAGUGGAUUCUUGGCCUGGCGAAAAUGAGCGUAAUUUAUUUUUGAGACUGGCAAGUGAAGUCCCCCUCCUCGAGGGCACUCUGUUAAGGAUUCUAUUGAUCGGAAUAUCUAAAGAAAAUGUAGUACACCCAACGGAGGCACUGGAUAUAGCCGAGCAACUAAUCAAGCGCGCUGCAAAUCUCCCUUCCGAUCUCGAUCCCCCCUUAAGCAUUAAUAAGUUGGAGAUAUUCGAUAUUUUCUUCAACUUGUGCAGUUACAACUACCCAGAGAACAUUGUUUUGCCACCCGGAUAUGUUCCUCCAAGUUUGGCGAUUUCCGUGCUGUACUGGAAGGUUUGGCUGAUUCUUCUGACUUUGGCCGCUCACAAUCCUACCACCAUUGGCAACGUAGCGUGGACAAAGUAUGCAACUCUCAGAAUGUUGAUGGAAAUGUGUAUUACCAAUUACUUCUCUUUUCCCCCUCCUACGAUGGUGGUAUCUGAGGAAGACUUUCAAAAUAGGGAACAGCAGAUUUUGACCCUGGAAAAACAGAAAAUUCUAGAAUUCGAAACACAUCUAGCCGCGGCCAGUACCAAGGUCGAAAUAACGGAGCAAAACAGUCUGUUGCUACCUCAGUUGAUGGAACUGAGACCUGAAGGAGAGGUUAGAAGACCUGCGACUCAGGUGUUGGAGCAGCUUCAAAAUCUGAACAACAGCCAUCGAUUAGGACAUCUGCUGUGCAGAUCGAGAAAUCCGGACUUUUUACUGGAUAUAAUGUCGAGACAAGGGGGUACGGCACAUAUGCCUUGGUUGGCUGAAUUGGUACAUAGUUCGGAAGGUGCUAUGGCUCAUCUUCCAGUACAGUGUCUUUGUGAGUAUCUUUUGUCCACUGCGCCUGCAGAAAAACUAACCAAACAAGGGCAACUGUUGGCACACCUGAGGACUGUGGUGAACAGUAACGACCCCCAGAUGGCCUGUGAGGUUUUGGAAUACCUCUUCCGGCGUUUAACUUCAGAUCAUGGAGCUAGCAGAACUCAGGCAACCAAAGGUUUGAUUUUAAUCCUAUCUCCAACUGAAGACUCUGAAGUGAAUACAAACAACACUACUUGGCUCACUCAAUACAUUUAUCAGUUUCCCCACUUCCUCAUCAUAAAACCUGUAUUGAUUCAAUUCCUACGACAGGCAUUGCAAUGUGAGACCAAUCCGGCUCGCGUAUCAAGUUACAUAAACUUCUUAUCUACGCAGGAUUGCAUAGAACCGUUCUCAGAACUGAGCGAUUUAGUUGCUGACCUAUCUUCUGUGAUCAUCGAAAGACACAGCGUGGCCUCCUAUGUCUUGUCCGGGGACAGUAACCCAACGAUCAAAAAUUUAAUCUCGAUAUUCUACCUCCACAUCAGAAAAUCUGUGGAGUAUCGGGAAGAAACGUUCAACGUUUUACAAAACUUCACCACUAACGAGUAUGUAUUGGUAACUUGGCCCACCGGCGAACAGUGUGCUAUGCUUAUUUUAGUUAUUCAUGCCGCUAUAGUUCUUUUAACUUACGGACCUAUCGAGGAUUUCGAAGCUUUCGAUUUAUUGCUCAAUAUGUGGUUCCCUAAAGAGGCGGAACAUCCCAAAGCCUUCCACCCGGAGACAACAGAAAAUACAUCGUAUUUACCGGAUUGGAUUAAACUGAGAAUGAUCCGGUCUAAUGUUUCACAUUUAGUCGAUGCGGCCAUUGAAAAAUUAGAACCGCAAAAAUUGAUCCUAUUCAUUCAAUCCUUCGGUAUACCAACUAAUUCUAUGAGCAAACUCUUGUGCACAUUGGAUAAGACUACAUUGCAGAAUCCUAAAUUGGUCGUGGAUUCUGUCUUGGAUAAGGCAUACAUGAUUCAGCUGGUAGAAGUCCAGAAUAAAAGAGGCGCAGUGGGCGGAGACACGUUCGUUAAAGCCAUAGAGAUGGCUAUGCCUCCUGUACAAGACGCAGAUGUUGAUUUAAAUCUGGAAACCAAGAAACAGCUACCUAUCGUUACUAGGAGACCAUCUACUCAAUUGAGUGGAAAUGCAGUUGUCAAUUUAUGUGUCAGUAUAUUUGAUCCAAGAUUCUCAGGAGAUAAAAACAAGAUUAUCUCUCAAGUUAUAAAGGCUAUUUCCCAAAGUGAGACGUCUUCAAUUAUUUGUUUCAACUACGUUAAAUCCUUAUCACCACAUUUCAUUCUACCGGUAGCUAUUGAUUUGAAUUCACUUUCCAUAUUGUUCAAAAUUUUAUUGAAGAAUAAUUCGAAUCAACCAGGAAUAUACGAGUUCGCCUCAACUCUUCUGAAUUGUAUCCCGAAAAAAAAUUCCUCCAUAGGUGUUGUACUCACUCAAUUUCUGAAAAUGUCCCUGAAUCUGGAGAUAAAAGAGGAAAAGACUGAGGUAUCUCCCAGAGAGCGUUCCAUUGAGCAGUUGUUCAAUGAGGAUAUACCAGAAAAUGAUGAGGCAUUAACAGAAUGGUUCUCUUCUUUGGAAAUUGAAAACAGCAGUUUAGAUGAUAGAAAAUUACAGAUGAAAAUCCUAUUCUCACGAAGAAACAUUUCUUUCCGGCCAUUUUUCAUGUCCCUUAUUCUCCAAAGAGCAAGCUGGCAAAACCUGAAUAAUAUUAUGCAACACAUAUUCGAAGAAGAUGUUUCAAAACUGUGUCCCAUUUCGGCUCUGGAUUAUUUGACUGCUCUCAGUCAAAGUCCCAAACUGUGGCAAGGAAGGGAUAAGGCUUUUUCGAAGCAUGACCAAUUCGACGAUGUCUUACAAUUAGAUUAUAACCAGCUAUCAAUCGUGGUUAAAUUCAUUCUGGAAGAAGCUAAAUUGGGAAAAGAGGGUGACUGGAAGAAAAAAAUGGAAUUCAGACUUCAGCUUUUGCUGAAGUGCAUCGGACCGCAUUCUUCUAAAAUUGUCAAGACUCUCAUAGAAUGUGACGAUGAAUAUUCACAAGAACUGAUGUUGUUGAUUUACAUGUCCCUUCCCGCUUCAGGUCAAGGUUUGGUGAAUGAUAAAUCGAAUAUAUCGAAUGAGGCGUAUUCACGAAAUUGCCCAAGUGCUGUUGAUAGACUGUCUCAUACGCUAUUGAGUGCUCUUACUUCGACACCUCGUAUUAAGGACUGGAACAGAAAGAGCAUGGAUUUGAAUGUUUGUGCUAGAAAACUGGCUUCCACCCAUCCGAUAUUGAUACUCAGGCAACUACCAAUGUUGGCAGGUAGUUUGAAAGGAAGGGCUCAAUAUGAUUGGAAUGUCAUGAAAAAUAGAGGACACAUGAAUCUUUUCAGACAAAUAUUUGGAUUGAUGGAAUUGCUCCAACCCACGAUAUUUGAACAGACGGAAACCUUGAGAGACCUUCUGGACUCAUAUUUCCUCCUGCUACAAUACCAUGGUCAUUCUAAGGAUUUGUAUGGCCUGGUUCAUCGUUUGGUAGUUUUUAUACAGAACUGGAUGUUGAAGGAUAUAAAGGUUGCAUCGAAAUAUCUCCAAGAUAGGGGAGCAAUCAUCAACGAUAUCCAAUUUGUCCAACCAGCAAUCAGACCGCUUCUGUCAAAUGUCUCACUACCAACGUCACAGCAAAACACUUCAACUGAAGUAUUGGUAGGAACAGUUACACCAAGGGUAAUAGAGCCGCUCCCACAGAAUUGGUCGAUUCUUUUAGCGGCACUACAAGAAUCUGAAAACAUUUCUGCUUUACACGAACUUGAGCAUCUGGCUACUAAACGUCCCGAACUGCUGAAACAAGUUUCUCAUAUUCUCUACAAUUAUCUGAAAUCGCCAAAUGGCGCUAUCAGAUCCUUAGCCAUUACUCUGAUUCUCAAAUGGUUAAGAUUCAAUCCUAAAGCAUCCGAAGAAGCACUCUCGUUUAUUCUAACAAGUUUGGACAGCAAUAAUGGGGAUAUUGUGUCGAGCAUUCUGGAUAGAUUACCUGAAAUCGUAUGCGUUAUGCAAGAAUUCGCGAAGAUCAUCUUAACUAGAGUGUUCAAACUCGGAAUGAAAUCUACAAUUAAUACAACGACCACUAUUCAAGACAGUAUUAAUAUGUUAUGUUUGCAGUCGGGAUGUUAAACUUCUAAAAGUGAGUUAAAUAUUGUAAGAUAAGAUUAAAACUUUGUUCCGAAUUUUUGUUGAAUAUAUCAGGUUUAAAUUA